AUGUUUGCUUGCGCGGGUUGGAAGUGUGCAGCCCUUUUGCUGUCAUUGUCCCCCAAUACGGUCAUGAGCCAAGUUGCGCUUCUUCUCUGCCUCAUUAUUGGCCACUUUGCCAGGUAAUGCUUCCAUCAAAACUUGUUUGUAGGACCGAGAAUCAGUAUGGAUUAAUCUCCUUUCUAAAGAAGUACUCGUUUUGAAAAAUUAAAUUGUUUUUUUGCUUUUUUUAUGGAUUUUAAAUUCAGACAAUCAGCUCUGGCUAGCAAAAAAAUUCAUUGCUUUCACGAUUUUUUUAAUGAAAAAAACAUUUAAAUUAGAGUGACAGGAGUACGGCAGUAGUUUUUUUGGAACUACCUCUUGAUUGAACUUUAUGAGUGAUUUUGAGCUUAUACUUUUUUUUCUCUCAGAUACUCAAUAAUAACUUCAAAUCGAAACCAUAAAAUAAUGUGAUUCCGCUUACGACUCCAUACGAAAUUUUCACAAAAUAAAAGACUUAAAUAUUUCCUAGAAGCUCGAAGUAACUUUUCUUUGAAAACUACCCACUUAGUUUCUCCACGCAACGCAUAUUUCGAGUUCUCGGAUAAACAAUUUCUAAAAAAUGGCUCCUAUGGUUCCGAGAAUUAUUUUUCAUAUCAUCGUCUCAUCUUCUUUUGAUCUUUGUGUUUAAUUCUCAGGCUGCAUAAAUUUUCAUUUUCGAAAAUUGUGUGUCCGAUUGAAUUCUUCGAAAAAGAAGAAAACUGGAAGACAUUUUUCGGAGAAAGUCUUUGGCAUAACGGAAAUUUUCUUAAAACAUCGUUGUUUUGCAAUGGAAAGAGCCGAAGUUGUUGGCGGAUCUCUGAAGCUGGUCAUUUCUCGAAUUCUGCAAAGGAAAUAGCAAUUCCUCAGAGAACGGAGAUGAUCUCACAAUGACGAUCCUCAACAAUCGGGAUUUCGCACAGAGUGGGAACUUAAUGCUUGAAUUAUGCUGGCCGCUAAAACAAGGAAGUCUGCUCAAACAUCGAACUUUUGAUUCAUUCCACUGUCUUGAGUUUGAAGAGACUAAAUUUUGAUUGAAAGAUUGAAAUUAAUGCAACCAUGAGUUCUAAACUUAUAUUGUAAAAUAGAAAAAUUGAUCGAUUACAGGAAAAAAUAAUAAACAAGAGUGUAAGCUUGAGCUGCAAUACAUUUUCACCGCCUUCUAAAACUUUGCAGAUUCACAAAAGUCUUUGUGCUUUGUUUAGUACACGCUUUGUAACCUAGGCUGUAAUUCCUUCCGCCCUCGAUUCAUUCUGAACUAAAAUCCUUGAGGAUAAUCGAGGAUUCGCUUCAAAAACUCAUAGCGCGUAUUAAAUGUUGCUGCACACUUACGUUUAUCAUUUUUCAAUCUCAUUCAGUGAAGAGAUAUUUUUGACUUUACUGAUGGAAUGCGGGAGCUAGAGAAAUGAAAGCCGAGGGAUUUCUGACGAUGAAAAUUUGCUGCAACAAACUUUUACAGAUUAACUAUUUAUUAUUUGAAACGAUGAGAGUAGGUUGCAUUCAAGUACUACUUGUAUUUGGAACAAAAAGUAUAAUAAAAUCAUAAAAAUUAAAAAUUUUUUUUUGAUAUGGUAUUUUUUAAAAUCAGAAAAAUAUUUCCUAUUUGAGAAAAAGUGUUGUCACGAUUUUGACCAAUCUUUCGGAGAAGUAGCAUUGGAUUUUUUGAAUUGAAUGGAAAAAAGUUCAGAAGCUCCGAAAGAGCUUAUUUAAUUAAGGAGACUAUGGAGAUUUUGAAAAGUUAUCAAAAAAAUACAACUAUUGCUCCAGUAAAAUAACGUUCCAUGUAUAAUCAACCUUAAAAGAUAUCAAACUGACAAUCGUGAAGUCUUUUGAAACGACUUGGAAUUUUUCAGCUGUAGUUCUUGUUUUUCAAAACUUUCUUUUUCAGCGCAACUUCGGCGCUCAACCUGACUCAGUUGACCGGCGGCUGCAAGUGCAAGCCGAAGUUGGAGCCUGUCUGCGUCCGAGAAGGCCUUUAUCAGUACACCUACUCCAACAAAUGCGUGUACAAGUGUGUGCAGUCGAGAAAAGGUUAUUAUUCAACUUUUCUCUUGUCAAUCUGAAAAGUUAUUUUUUUUUCUCCGAAUACUGAAAAGCUUAGUUUAGUCAAAAAUUUAUAAAGAUGCCUUUUGAUUUAAAAAACAACAAAUAUUUUCUCAUAAAUCUCUCUGAUUUUUUUUUUACUCUCCAUUCUCCCUGAGGAUGACGAAAGCGUUGAAAAAAAGAGAUUUCAAUGAAAAAAAUUGGAAGUAGAAGUGAAAAAAAGCCUUCUUUUUUUGGAAGUGUUAGACAUCUUUUUUUAGUUCCAUUUUGAUGAGAGAAAUUUUUGAAACCUGGAAUUCUAAAGAACUCCACGCGUUAACUGAAAAAAAUUAGAUUAGGGAAAUUACAUUGCUUUUUGCAGAUGUGGCUCUAUUAUACGAAGGCGCUUGCUGUGCUGCCAAGCAUUGUGGUAUGUUCGAGUCGCCGGUGUGUAGCGAAAGCGGACAGGUAUUAUUGAAAAAGAACUGAAACCCUUUUUUUUAUUCAAACGACUAUUUAUUAAGAAAUUGCUCAUAAAAAAAUUUCCGUGAAGCUUCCUGAGGAAUGUGAAAUUUUUUUCAAGAAUAAAAUAUCCAACUUUUAUGAGUUUUGAACUUUUUUUAGAUGUUCAAGUCCAUCUGCGACUUCGAAGAAGUUCAAUGCGUAGAGCAUCGAAAAUUCAAGAAACAUUUGGUAAUGGAUACAACUCAUGAAAAGUAGGUCAAUCGACAUUAAAAUUAUAAAUAAAUGAGUCAAGGUGCUCCUGCAUUCUUCCAUGUCCUCAGGAAUGGAAUCCUGUUUGUGAUUCUAAAGGAAAAACUCAUGCCAACUUCUGCACUUUUCUCAACUCGAAAUGCUAUCAUAAGCAGCAGUAAGUUUAUCCAAUCUUUCGACACCGUGGGAAAUUUGAAAAACAUGAAUUAAAUAUAAAACAAUCAAAUCUUCUUCUUGCAACUGUACGAAAAAUUCUCACCCGGAAGAAAAAUUGUACCAAUGAAAUACGAUCUGGUUUAUGAUGGGUUUCAGGUUGAUUUACUGAUCGAUCUAAAAACAUUAUCUAAUUUGUAAAUUAUUCGAUUUCAACAUUGUCCCCAAUAUCUUUUCAGACUGAACCAGUCAUUAGAAGUGGACUAUUCGGGCACUUGUUGUGACGACAUUUGCUCAGUUGGUAGGUCCUUAGCAUCCAAAAACAGUGACGUCGAUGACUUUUAAGGAUUUUCCUCGCUGACCGUCUGCGAUUCCGAUGGCAACACCCACACGGAUUUGUGCUCAUUUUACGUGGUGAGUCGAAAAUCUUUGCGUAGGGAGUAGGAGAAUCAAAAUAUUUUAUUCUUGUUUUUGUUUCAAUUGAAAAAUGACCAGGCGCCCUGCCAAAAACAAACCAAGCGGAUUAUCGGACCUUUUGCUUGGAUUUUCAGGAGCAAUGCCGACAGAAACGACGUGGGAGCUCUAAAGUUCUGAAGAUCGCAGGCGUUGGUUCUUGCAAGCCGAAACACCCUCUUUUCCGAACUUUCGAUUAUUUUGUCAACCGGUUUCCCAAUUACCAUUCACCCAUUUUUUUCAGUGAUAUCAAUUGA